AUGAAGCUACCCGUAAAUAAGGCCGGAACAAAAAUUAACGGUGCUACAUUCAAAGAUGUCAAGAUCAUUUCCAAUCAAAGUGAAGCUGUCGGUAAUAGUACAAUUAUAACGGAAAACGAACUAAGGGAACUGAGAGGUGUCCUGAACGUAAAAGGAAACUCGGAUAAGCAAAAAAUUGAGUAUCUUGAAAUAGAAAAAAAUCACUGGAAAGAACUUGCUGAAACCGAACGAACUGCAGGACGUGAACAGAAGGCUCUCCUGUACGAAGCAAUGGCAGACAUAGCAGAAUUGAAAGCGAAUGAAAUAAGGUUAAGAUCAAACGAACGACCAAAAGGACCGAAAGCCAUGUCCAUCGUGGAAGAAGAGGUAGAAAUAAACGACUUACAAGGUUCGGAAGAUUUAAGAAAUGGGCAAGAGAAAAUAUAG